AUGGAUUCGAUGGAGUGUUACGCUAUACGAAACAACUACCCAUAUUUACAACUACAUGGCGAAGACUUCAAAGCAGUAUGUGGACAAGACGAUAUUCACUUUCAACGUCAUUGUAUCGUUGCCCACUUCCUCCAAACUUACAAUUUCACGUGGGUUUUGCAAGUGGAAGGUGACAUUGGUGUCGUCAAUGAACAAAUAAAGUUGGAAGUAUAUGUCAAAGAGCAUGCCGACAUUAUUUUUUAUGAGAGGUUCUUCAGUUUCGAAGUGGCAUCAGGCUCAUACUUUGCCAGAAAGUCAAACUUCUCGAUAGCAUUUCUUCGUGGAUGGGCCGAUUAUUCAUUUCGUCUCCCUAAGACGUUCGGUGUUUUAGACAAUGAAGCUAUACAUAUGUGGUUUGUGGAAAUGCUUGCACCUAACGCACCGUUGGCACCAGUCUGUUGGCUGCUGUGGAGAACUGCAAAAAAUUCCGAAACUUUGUCAGACUUCACUGUAUGUUGCCGAGAAGCAAUGAAAAACGUUACACUCUCUCAAAUAUUCAUUUAUAAAAGGGGUGAAGCAUGGGUAAGGGAUGGGUGGUUAACGACUAGUCACUGGAAUCCGCAAAGAGAUUUCAUGUUUCACGGCUUGAAGGAAAAAGAUAAAAAGCGUUUUAACGCUACUCAGAAAAAUGUUCUUGAAGGACCUCGGUACUCUCCUUGGUAUGACACACUCAGUAAACCAUUGAAUCUUGACAAAUGUAAAGAGGGUAAGAAACUAAGGAUGGUUUGA